ACCCCUCACCUACAUACCCACCUCCUCCUGGACGGCUCCCCUCUCAUUCCUUCGCACAUCCCCUCCGGUAGUCUGACCGGAUGAGUUACCCGGUGGACACGAUAGGAAGUCCUUUCAGAAGAGCUAUGGAUACUAGGACGAGCAACUACGGCUACAGCCGCUCCGCUACCCCCUCCAGCGGCUUCCGCUCCCAGUCCUGGUCCCGAGCGAGCCCCGGCUCCACCGUGGCCGCAUCUUACAAGAGGAGCGUGAACAUGCCGGUGUCCCGCGGUUACAGCUCCACGGUGCUCAGCUCCGUCGACAGCGGUGAUUACAACCAGACCUCCAUCCUGAACGGAGACUACAAGCGAUCUAACGAGAAAGAGCAGCUCCAAGGGCUCAACGACCGCUUCGUGGUUUACAUUGACAAGGUGCAUUACCUGGAGACGCAGAACCAGCAGAUCGAGGCGGAGAUCCAGGCGCUGCGGCAGAAGCAGGUGUCUCGCUCCCAGCUGGGAGACCUGUACGACGAGGAACUGCAGGAGCUGCGCUCCGUGCUGGAGCAGAUCCACCAUGACAAGGCGCAGAUCCAGAUCGACACCGACCACAUCGAGGAGGACAUCCAUCGGCUCAGAGACCGCUUCGACGAAGAGGCGCGCAUCCGGGAGGAGACUGAGGCCAUCAUCCGCGUCCUGAAGAAGGACAUGGGCGACUCGGAGUUGGUCAAGUCCGAGUUGGAGAAGAAAGUUCAGUCGCUGCAGGAUGAGAUCGCCUUCAUCCGCAACAACCACGAGGAAGAGGUGAGCGACCUGAUCGCGCAGAUCGAGGCUUCUCAUGUGACCAUGGAGAGGAAGGACCUGCAGAAGACGGACAUCACCGAGGCGCUGCGGGAGAUCCGCUGCGAGCUGGAGGGUCACUCCAACCAGAACCUGCAGCAGGUGGAGAACUGGUUCAUGUGCCGCUACUCCAAGCUGACCGACGCGGCGGAGCAGAACAAGGACGCCAUCAAGUCCGCCCGAGACGAGAUCUCCGACUACCGCCGCCAGCUGCAGUCCAAGACGGUGGAGCUGGAAUCCGUGCGCGGGACGAGAGACUCGCUGGAGCGGCAGCUGAACGACAUCGAGGACCGUCACAACAGCGACCUGUCCAGCCUGCAGGAGACGAUUCACCAGCUGGAUAAUGAGCUCAAGAGCACCAAGUGGGAGAUGGCUCGUCACCUGCGUGAGUACCAGGACCUCCUCAAUGUCAAGAUGGCCCUGGACAUUGAGAUUGCUGCAUACAGGAAACUCCUCGAGGGUGAGGAGACCCACUUCAGCACUUUCCCUUAUCGCCAGCCGAUCACUCCCGCCAAAAUCUCCAAGUCCAAAUCAGAAUCCACCAAGCUGAAGGUGCAGCACAAGUUUGUGGAGGAGAUCAUCGAGGAGACCAGGGUGGAGGAUGACAAGUCCGACCUGGACGAGGCCCUGGCUGAGAUAGCACAGGAGCUGUCGGCCACGCUCGGAGGGGAAGCAGAGGACGAGGAGGAUGAAGAGGAGAAGGAUGGUGGAGAGAAUGAGGAAGCAGAGGGUGAGGAUGAAGAGGGUGAAGUAGAUGGAGGUGAGGUAGGACAAGAGGAGGAAGUUAUUAGCGCCACUGAAGCUAAAGUAAGCUCCAGCGCACCCGCUAAGGGGGAAGAAGACGAGGAAGAGGAAGAUGAGGCAAAGGGUGGCGAUGAGGAUGAAGAGGGAGAAGGUGAGAAGGAAGAAGGUGAGGGAGAGGAUGAGGGAGAAAAGGGGGAUGAUGCAGAGGGAGAAGGAGAAGAGGGAGGAGAGGAGGAAGAGGUUGAGGAGACAGUUCUGUGCUCCAAAGCUCCUGAGUCUAAAGCCUCUCCCGACAAAGAGAAGGCUGGAGACAAGGAGAGCAGCGGAGAAGAGGAGGAAGCAGCGGAGGACGCUGGUGCUGAAGAGGAGGGUGGUGAUCAGGAUGAUGACAAAGCAUCCAAAAGCGGAGACGAGAAAGAGGAAAAAGAGGAUUCAGAAAAAAGCAAAAAGGAAGACGAGAAGAAAGUAAAAGAAGAGAAAGCAGAUGACAAGACAGAAAAAGAGGUAGCAAAGGCAGAAGCUCCGAAAACAGAAGCUGCAAAACCUGAGGCCAAGAAGGAAGAGGUGGCCAAAACAGUGGCAUCGAAACCUGUUUCCCUAAAGCCUGAAUCCCCCAAGUCUGAAUCCCCCAAACCCCAGUCUCCCAAAUCUGAGUCCCCCAAGCCUGCAUCUCCUAAGGCGGAGUCUCCCAAGGCAGGCUCACCGAAGGCCGGAUCUCCCAAACCUGGUUCCCCAAAAGUUCAGUCCCCCAAGUCAGAAUCCCCGAAAUCUGUGUCCCCAAAACCUCAGUCCCCAAAGGCUGAAUCCCCAAAAGCUGAAUCCCCAAAAGUUGAAUCCCCAAAAGCUGAAUCUCCAAAAGCUGAAUCCCCAAAAGCUGAAUCCCCAAAAGCUGAAUCCCCAAAAGCUGAAACCCCAAAAGCUGAAUCCCCAAAAGCUGAAUCCCCAAAAGCUGAAUCCCCAAAAGCUGAAUCCCCAAAAGCUGAAUCCCCAAAAGCUGAAUCCCCAAAAGCUGAAUCUCCAAAAGCUGAAUCCCCUAAAGCUGAAUCCCCAAAACCUGAAUCCCUUAAGAUCGAGAAGCCUGACACUCCUAAGCCUGCUGACGAGAAACCCGAGAAAAAGAGCGACUCAACAGAAGACAAGAAGGUAGAAAAGACAGAUGCUGCCAUGAACGGCGACUUGGACAAGAGCCCAGAAGAGGAAGGGAAGAAGGACGAGGUCCAGGAAGACGACGUGCUCGCUAACGGCGUGGACGACAGUUCCAAUAAGGACGACCCCAGCCAGAAGGUGGUGAUCACCAAGACCGUGGAGACCAUCACCACCGGCGAGGACGGCUCCAAGCACGUCACCAAGUCUGUCACCGUGACCGAGACGGUGAAGGAGGUAGAAGAGAUGGUGCAGGAGACGCUGGUGGCCACCAAGAAGACGGAGAAGCACUCCACACAGUCGGUCAAGGAGGUGACCGAGGGCAACUGAGCAGGAGGCCAGACGUCUGACUCCCGGCGGGAUGAGGAGGCGUCAGAGGUUCAGGGGGGAGGGGACGCGAAGGCAAGCAAUCCACCCACAACUAACAUAACAAAGAAAAAAAUCAUACAGCUAGAGCGAUGUAAUAAAGAUAACCACUCUCAAUCAUACGAAAACAAAAUCACAGAGAGAAGCCAAAACCUCUAACGCAACAAGUUUCAAAAAUGCAUGUUGAGUGAACGCUUUAAAAACGGCCUUCGCUGCUGAUGCGGUCAGAAGCAGAUGACUGAGACGUUUUAUUCUCGUUUCGUUUUUCUUCUUUCCUUUCCGCUGGUUACAGGGCGAGCUCACAGGUGGGGGGGGGGGGGGGUCUCUGCAUGCUAGCUCAGGGGAGGGGAGUACGUUCCUCUCUUAUCUGUAUGUAUGGUAGAAAUACACUGUAAAAAUGAGUAUAUAUAUAUAUAUAUAUCUAAAAGGGAUACAUGCGAUGUGGAUGGCAGAGCAAGAGAUAUAUUAUUAUAGAUUUUUGAGAAGGGGGGGGGGGUGACAGUCAGCAGGGAGGGUCCCGGACGCAGACACGCGCUUUACUGGAGAAGCCUUACAUGACACACGAAGACACCAACUGAGCCAAUGAGACACUAACAACAAACACACAACGCGUAGUGAGGAAAGCGACGGCGUGGCGAGAAACACGAGACCAUAUCCAUUCAGUAACUGAAGCUUAAACGAACCUGAAGAAACUCUUAGCCUUAAACAUGCUUUUUAUCCGUGUCUGUUAUGUUUACCUGAGUGCAACUGAAAAAUAAAAAUAUGAGUAUAUAUAGAAAUAUAUAUAUUUAAGUGUAAAUGCGCAGAUACAUGCAUUUGUUAUAUGCAUAUAGGAUGGACUUGAAUUUAAAUACAGAAAUAAAUGAGGUGCUACUGUUUGCAAUCCCAUGACUUUACUCAUCGUGAACGAUUUCCCAGCAGCAUUUGCUCAAUAAAUGUCAUAACGAAUCAA